AUCUGCGUUGACAUCCUAUAAUUGCCAACCUGAUUGCCCAAUUACUGUUUAAGGAUCCAUGUUUAAUACUACCGAUUCCAAGCCUCACGGCAAGAAUCUACAAAAUCAUUGAUGUACCCUCUCAACUAGCUGGUUUUCAUAAUAAGUUCGAACUUUAAUUUUCCGGCGAGUCUAGCUAUACAUUCCGGCAAUCAUCGUCGUCGUCCUCGAUCAUCAGAUCAAGAUGGCUCACGAGUCGCGUGGCAAAGUCACGGUGGAUAGUUUAACCGGCGGGGUCAUCAACGUAUGCCUCAACGAGACCGUUCCAACGUUCCUCGACACAUCGGGGUUCUGGAAACUGGCACGACCGGAGAACGAAAACGAUCCCACGUUCAUCCACAACGUUCCUUACUAUAUCGUACAACUGGCUGCCAUCAUGUUCGGCACCCAGAUUGUUGCAGCCAUCCUCAAACCGUUGCGCCUCCCCCGCUUCUCCGUGGAAUUGCUGAGUGGAAUUUUGAUUGGUCAGGGAUUGCAAACAUGGUGUAGAAUUUAUGCCAUGCCUACCAAUAGCCUCAAGGUGCUAGACACAGUUGGACACGCGAGCCUCAUUUUCUACGUAUUCCUAGUGGGGCUAGAGAUCGACCUAUUCAGGGUUCGACACGUGGGAUGGGAGGCGGUGUACACGGGUCUAACCGGGACCGUACUUCCUCUCUUGAUUGGGUUCGUCGAAUUCUUCGUGAUGGCGGCCGAUCGAAGAUACACGAAUUUCUUCACCCCGGAGUUCUGGGAGAAUCUGGAUCCAGUCAAGCUGACUGGGCCCAUCUUCUGGGGGGUCGCCCUCACGGUCACCAGCUUCCCUGAUCUCGCCAGGAUACUCUCAGACCUCAAGAUCCUGCACACCGACAUCGGGAGGCUGGCCCUGUCGUCCUCCAUCGUCAGCGAGCUCACGACGUGGAUCCUGCUCGUCGUCGCGCUGACGCUGAACAACGGCACCCUGAACCCUCUGUACCUCCUCCCGACGUUCGCCUUCUUCGUCGCCUCCUGGUCCCUCGUCCGCCCCGCGGUCACCUGGGUUCUCAGGCACGCGGACGAGACGGACAACAAGUUCCUCCUCCACUUCACCAUCCUGGGCGGAAUCCUGACCUCGUCGGUCGUCACCGAGGCCUGUGGGGCCAACUCCGUGAUCGGCGCCUUCGUGUUCGGGCUCAUCAUCCCCAAUGGGGACAUGUCUGUGAGGCUCAUGGAGAAAUUCGAGGACUACAUCAAGGGGGUUUUGAUGCCUGGAUUUUUCAUGGAUAAUGGGGCUAGAACUAGUUUGAUUACCAUCUUCAACCCCAUAUAUGAGACACAUCCACUUACCAUUUUCCUCCUCAUAGUUUUAGCGUGGUCUACUAAGAUCAUCAAUACUUUUGUUUUCUCCAAAUCGGGAGGAAUGACUACUCGUGAAGCCUUCACUCUUGGAGCCCUUAUGAACACGAAAGGGGUUCUAGCUUUAAUCGUCAUCAACACCGGCCGUAACAACCAGGGCUUCAACCAACUAAUGUUCGUGGUGCUAAUACUUUCAACGUUAGUGAUGUCCGUAACUGUAAUGCCCUUGGCCAAAGCAGCAAACAAGUCGAACCGAAAACCAAACCGGUUCAAGACCCGAACGGUCGAGUGCAACAAGCUAGAGUCUGAGCUCAGGGUACUAACAUGUAUCCACACUACACGUAACCUUUCAGGGAUGAUCUACCUCCUCGAGUGCUCCAAUGGCGGAAAGCAGUACCCGAUAUCCGUUUUCGCCCUCCACUUGGUCCAGCUCACCGAUCGACGUGCCACGGCGAUGCUGAUCAUCCACGAAAACAACAACAACAAGAGAAAUAAAAACAGUACUAUUAGCAACUCCCACCACAGUAUCGAAGGACCGGGUCAGAACCUGACCCGUCGAGAGGAGGAGUCGAAUCACAUCAUCGCGACUUUCGAGAGCCUCGAGAAUCGAGGCGCCUCGGUGUUUGCUCAGUCGCUCACCGUCGAGGAGAACUCGAGCUGGCGGAUGGUGAACAAGAACCUCAUGGCGACGGCUACUUGCUCCGUAGGAAUACUCGUGGACCGUGGACUAGGCUCCAAGGACGUAAAAACACAUUCGAAAUCGUCGUUCACUGUUGUCUUCAUCGGAGGUCCGGAUGAUCGAGAGGCCCUUGCAUUUGGUUGGAGGAUGGCUAAAUCGCCCGAUGUCAACCUCACCGUCCUUCGACUCCUCCCCACCGACGACAACCACGACGACGACGACGAUGACGUGGAUUGUGACAUCGAAGAAGUGACGGUCGAAGGGGGAGGCACAAUGAGGAGCAAGAGAGGGGAAAAAGAGCUAGACAACGAGUAUGUGAACGAGUUCAGGUUCAGGACCAUGCACGACGAGAACAUAAACUACAUCGAGAAGCGAGUGAACGACGGGGACGAGGUGAUCACGAUGAUCGGGCGAGUCGUGCCAUCUUGCGAUCUCUACAUACUGGGCCAGAGCAAGAACGCGAGACGAUCGUCCAUCAUGUCGGGGUUGUCGGAGUGGACCGAAUGUGACGAGUUGGGUGUCUUGGCAGACACGUUACUGGCUUCCGAGUUCGCACAACGUUCUUCUCUUCUUGUUAUCAAGCAACAUUAUGUGCCCGGGAUGCGUAUGUGGAUCCGUCGCAACGGCAACAACAACAACGGAAACAAUAGUGACAACAAUAAUCGGGUGCCAUUAGGGUUUUCCAAUAGUAGCGUCCACAAUGUUUCUAAUGAUGUGGAGAUCACCAACCGGCCGUCCACGGCUACAAUGUUCCAACCCCAAUGGAAUUGA